AUGUCAUUCAACUUCGGCGGUGGAGGCUCCUCUGGAGCUCCCAGCACCAAUCUUUUCGGUACCGCUGGUAACACCUUCGGUUCCAACAAUCAGACUAGCUCGAACGCUGGAUCAGGUGCUGGCAGUAGUGGUCUUUUCGGAAAUGUAGGAGCCUCUGCCACCAGUGGGAACGCUUCUCCUUCGAUGUUUGGUGCAGCUGCUUCGGGUGCACAGAGUCCAUCAAUUUUUGGAAGCGCUGGCGGUGCUACUACAGGGACUCCUGGAGCAUCUUCGGGCUUCUCUUUCGGCUCCAAGCAGACGACUGGCUCGACCACCCCCGGACAGACAGCUACCAGUGGACUGUUCGGCGGCACCGGAGCUGCAAAGCCCUCAGGUGGCCUGUUCGGUGGUGCCUCCUCAGCUACCCCAGCGCCAGCCGGCGCAUCUUUGUUCGGAAACACCUCAACUACCCCCGCUGGUCCUCCGCCAGGAUCCAAGACAACUCCGAUGUUUGGAGGACUGAAUGCCGGCGCUUCUACUACCCCGUCGUCUACUACCGCUAUCUCCUCUACCACACCCACUACUUCGCAACCACAGUCAUCCGGCGGCCUCUUCGGGGCCGGAGCUACCCCCGCUGCCUCAAAGCCUCUGGGCUUUGCCCCGGCUCCGGCUGGUGGUAAUUUGUUUGGCAAUGUCGCUAAGCCAGCCGAGUCCAGCACUCCGAGUGCCACCGCGGCGCCUGCUUCCAAGCCACUAUUUGGACUUGGAGCCACAGCUCCCUCCACUGGCGGAGACACAACCCCCAAGCCUACGUUCUCUCUAGGUGGAACACCCGCUGCCACCGGUGGAGCUCCCAAGUCUGCGUUCUCCCUCGGCGCAACUCCCGCUGCUAGCGGCGAUGCAGCUCCCAAGUCUGCAUUCAGUCUCGGUGGACCUUCGGCUGCCACCGGCGCCGCUCCUAAGCCCACAUUCUCCCUCGGUGGAACUCCCACUGCAGCGCCGUCCACUACGGCCGCAUCCACUGCUACUCCACAAAAGUCCCUCUUCCCCAGUCUGGGAGGAGCCACAUCCUCGGCCGCUCCGUCGUCUACAGCAGCCGCGCCUGCUGGAGGCUCACUAUUCCCUACCUUGGGCGGUGCUAAAUCUACGGCUGCCGCUGCUACACCCGGAACUACGGCCACUGCCCCUGCCGCUACUACUACGCCUGCGGCUGCACCCAGCCUAUUCCCUAAGCUUGGAGGUGAUAAGCCUUCCACCCAACCCGCUACUACCACUGCCUCGACGGCCACGCCAGCCCUGGGUGCAACUGCUGCUGCUGCUACUACUACUACUACUACUACUACUACAGCCGGCACUGGCGCGGCUGCUCUCGGCCAGUCGACCACUGGCCCUGCUCCCCCAGCGCAGUCUCGUCUGAAGAACAAGACCAUGGAUGAGAUCAUCACUCGAUGGGCGACGGACCUUACGAAAUACCAGAAGGACUUCCGUGAACAAGCUGAGAAGGUCGCUGAAUGGGACCGUAUGCUGGUGGAGAAUGGUACCAAGGUUCAGAAGCUGUAUGGAAACACAGUCGAUGCUGAGCGCGCUACCCAGGAGGUUGAGCGUCAAUUGGCAUCCGUAGAGGGCCAGCAAGAAGAGCUGAGCUCAUGGCUUGAUCGAUACGAACGCGAAGUCGAUGAGAUGGUUUCCAAGCAGGUCACCCCUGGCGAGCAGGGACCUGAUCAAGAGCGGGAGAAAACAUACAAACUGGCGGAGAAGCUCUCUGAGCGUUUGGAUGAGAUGGGCAAGGAUCUCACCAGCAUGAUCGAGGAAGUCAACGGGGCCUCUGCAACCAUUAGCAAGACAAACCGGGCCGACGAACCUAUCUCUCAAAUCGUCCGCAUCCUCAACUCGCAUCUUUCCCAGCUGCAGGUCAUCGACCAGGGAACCUCAGAGCUCCAAGCCAAGGUUGCGGCUGCCCAGAAGGCAGGACAGUCAAUCUCCUCGCGCCUUGGUUACGGCUAUUCCAGCCCUGGUAUGGGCGGUGGCAAUGCUGCCGAUGAUUUCUACCGCUCCUACAUGGGCAGACGGUAG